AUGCCUGGGUCCUGGGCUCCCACAGACACUAACCACAGCUGGGCACAGGAGUUCAUCCUGCUGGGCUUUGCCCACGUGCCCACCCUGCGUCCACUACUGUCCACACUGUUCCUGGCCAUGUUCACACUCACAUUGCUGGGUAACGGUCUCAUCGUGCUGUUGACCAUGUGGGACCCUGCCCUGCGUGCACCCAUGUACUUCUUCCUGCGCCAGCUGGCCCUGGUGGAGCUCUGCUUCUCCCUGGAUAUUGUGCCCCGGCUGCUGACCACCCUGCUGUGGCCUGGGCGCAGCAUGUCAUCUGUGAGCUGUGCGCUGCAGAUGCUGCUGGUGCUCUCCUGUGUUACGUCCGAGUGCUUCCUCCUGACUGUCAUGGCCUGGGACCGCUACGUGGCCAUCUGCAGGCCCCUGCACUAUGGCACCAUCAUGAGCCCACAGCUCUGCCACCUGCUGGCUGCCACCUGCUGGAUGGCUGGAGUCCCUGUGUCUCUGGUCUUCACCAUCUGGCUUUUUAGCUUCCCCUUCUGUGGGCCACGUGGCAUUCGCCACUUCUUCUGUGACAUUGCCCCUCUGCUGAGCCUGGUAUGUGCAGAUACGAGGGUCUUUGAGGCCAAUGUGUUGGUGGCCACAGUGCUGGUCAUCAUGGUUCCAUUUUGUCUGAUCACCACAUCCUACAUUGGGGUGUUGGCCACCGUCCUUCGGAUGCCAUCAGCCAUGGGGCGCCACAAAGCUCUGUCCACAUGUGCCUCUCAUCUCAUCGUGGUGAUUCUGUUUUACGGCACAACAGGGGUCAUCCACUUACGACCCAAGGCCAGCUACUCCCCAGAAAGCAAGCAGGUGGUGUCCCUCUCCUACACUCUGGUCACUCCCAUGCUCAACCCCCUCAUCUAUAGCCUACGGAACAAGGAAGUGAAGGCUGCCCUGGGCCGUGUGUGCUGCAGACAACAAGGGCCUGGGCCCCAUGACUGA